AUGGAAAGCUGUUGGAAAAUGAAUGAAUUCGAACGACCCACCGUUCAAAUGGUUGCCCAUAUUUUAUUUUCAUGGACAAAAGAACUUUAUAAUAUAAAAACUGGUGAUUUUUAUCAACAAUUCAAAGAAGCUGAUGAAAAUAGUCACAUAGAAAGUCCGAUAAUUUCAAUACAUCCUCAGGCAAUUUACACUAGUCGUCCUCUUAGGCAAUUCACUAGACACAUUACAUUACCAUAUGAUGAAUCGUUUGAGUCUAAUAGUUUGUGCGAAAAUUCUAAGCAUGAUUCAACAGGUAGAUGUUUAAAACUUUAA